UACCAAACAUAAAAUGAAGACCUCGUUAUGGUGAUGCCGAAGCCCCGAUUUUAAUAAUGCUUGUGAUAGAGUAGUAUUUUUUUAGUGAAGAGAUAGAGUAGUGUUUUUUUAGUAAAGAGAUAGAGUAGUGUUGUAAGGUGGCGAGGUGAACUGAGUGUUUGGAUAAUAAUAAUAAUAAUAAUGUUGAUAACUGUAAGGGAAGCGUCUCCUUCUCUCCGCUGCUUGUGGCUUAAUCCUCUUAUACGAAAACCCUCUAAAUCAUUUUCCAUUUGCCGACCCACUUUCUCUGUCCGAACAAUCUCUACAACUUCCAACAUCUUUACCAGCUGUGACCUAGCAAAUUUUGAUCCAUUGGGUAUUAACACAGAUACAUCUUCUACUUGGAAAAAUCUGGUAAGUUUGUUUCCACAAACAUUUGAGAGCUCUUCAAGUACAGAAAAGGAAAAAUCUAACUCAUCUCGAGGAGUAGCAGCUGCAAUUGAGGAUAGUUCGAUUGAUUUUGGGGACUUCUUCAAAGGUCCACUUCCAGGAAAGUUUCUAAAGCUUUUAGGGUUUCUUGCCUUGUCAAGGCUUGGUGUGUACAUACCUCUAGGCGGUGUUAACAGGGAGGCUUUUCUUGGAAAUUUGGAUCAGAACAGUUUAUUAAGCACUCUCGACUCCUUUUCUGGGGGAGGUAUUGGCAGACUUGGGCUAUGCUCUCUUGGUAUCGUUCCCUUCAUCAAUGCACAAAUUGUUUUUCAGCUUCUUGCUCAAGUAUACCCCAAGUUGCAAGAUCUUCAAAAAAGAGAAGGUGAGGCUGGAAGAAAGAAAAUUCUUCAGUACACAAGAUAUGCUUCAGUUGGAUUUGCCAUUGUACAGGCGAUUGGCCAAGUUCUAUUCCUACGUCCGUAUGUAAAUGACUUUACUACAGAGUGGGCUCUUACUUCUGUUAUCUUAUUGACACUUGGCUCCGUGUUUACAACAUACAUUGGGGAACAGAUUACUGACCUGAAACUUGGGAAUGGUACCUCUCUUUUAAUAUUCACAAACAUUAUCUCCUACUUGCCAGCUUCUUUUGGUCGGACAUUUGCACAAGCAUUUAAUGAUGCUAACUAUGUUGGACUUGCUACCAUCAUUGUGUCCUUCUUUCUGUUGGUAGUUGGAAUUGUCUAUGUUCAGGAAGCAGAGAGAAAAAUUCCUAUUAACUAUGCUUCUAGAUUCACCAGCAGAAGCAGUGGACUUGAAAAAUCUGCUUACUUACCAUUUAAGGUAAACAGUUCUGGAGUAAUGCCUAUCAUUUUUUCUACAUCAUCAUUAGCUCUUCCUGGUACUUUAGCACGCUUCACAGGUGUAAGUGCACUAAAAACUGCUGCAGUGGCUUUAAAUCCAGGAGGCUCCUUCUAUCUUCCAUUCAACAUAUUUUUGAUAGCCUUCUUCAACUACUAUUACACUUUCUUACAACUGGAUCCGGAUGAUGUGAGCGAACAAUUGAAACGUCAAGGUGCUUCAAUUCCACUUGUCAGACCUGGCAGAAGUACAGCUACAUUUAUUAAAACAGUUCUUAGUCGAAUAUCAGUUCUGGGUUCGACAUUUUUGGCUAUCUUGGCUGCUGGACCUGCACUUGUUGAGCAGACCACACACUUGACAGCAUUUCGGGGAUUUGCCGGAACGUCUAUUCUUAUUCUUGUUGGUUGUGCAACAGACACAGCAAGAAAAGUUCGAGCUGAGAUUAUAUCUCAAAAGUACAAAAACAUUGAGUUAUAUGACUUUGACAAGUAUUGAUCAUUAAAGGAUUGGUUUUUGCAAAACUAAAGAUGCUUCUUUUGUCCGUCCUACAAAAUACUAGUUCAUUUAUAUCGGCUUGUAUAUCAUUUUCCAGAGUAGAUAUUUAUUUUUAUUCUAUCUGUAUUAUUAACAUUAUUUGGAAAAUCCAUCCAGAUGUUUGCAUAGAACCAGGUUAAUCAAUCGAUGGAAGUUAUGGAUAUAAUAGAAGCAAGUCGUGACUCGGUUACAGAGAAGAUGUUUUAUACCUAUUUCGUUGUUCUUCAUUCUUGUCAAAACUGUAUUUGUAGCAAUUUGUUAACAUUGUUUACGACAAGAAUAAGGGAAAUUAUGUUCUAUUCCAA